UUGCUCUCAAAAGUUUAAAUGAUUCGUCAAACUUUUUGAAAGAGGCUUAUUAUGAAUGUCAGAGUAAAAGUCAUGAUGUGGAAAAAUAUGGAACUGAAACAUAUGGAAUUACAUACGCACCAGAUGAAGAAGAUUGCAGCAAACCGGAUAAGAACAAAUAUGUCAUGGUCCUUGAAUAUGCAGAUCAAGGAAAUCUUCGAACAUAUCUAUCAAAAAAAGAAAAUUUUACCAACCUUUCUUGGAAACAAAAAAUAGAAAUUCUUUGCUCUAUAUCAAAUAAUUUAAAUCACAUUCAUAACAUAUCUCAUCUUUGCCAUAGAGAUUUACAUAGUGGUAAUAUACUUAUGACCAGCGCUGCGGAUCUUGAAAAUCUCAGGUUUAGUAUCUUUACUGUUGGUAGCAAAAUAGUAUUAGUUUCACGAAAUAUUACUGGAGAAAGACUAAGAAUAGAACCAAAAAUUACUGAUUUUGGUCUGUCUAGUAAAGUAGAUGAAUUGUCUACAAUUACCCAUGGUAAUCUUCCUUAUGUUGCACCUGAAAUAAUUGAAGAAUUGGAUAAAGAACAACUUGGUAUAAGAAAUAAAUUUUUGGAAGCGUAUAAGAGUGAUGAUUCUACAUCAUUUGCUUCUUCGCAGCAGUAUCAACGUAUUGACGCCUCAAUCAUUGCAG